AUGCUGUUAUGGUUUCCAACCGUUUCACUCGCCACAAACAACCAUACCGAUCAUCUUGCACUUCUGGCUAUCAAGUCCAGCAUCAUUCAUGACCCUCAACAUGUUCUUGACUCGUGGAACACCUCUUUCCAUUUCUGUCAAUGGCAAGGUGUUACAUGCGGUCAUCGGCAUCCUAGAGUCACCAGAUUAGACCUUGGAUCGCGAGGCCUUGUUGGUUCCAUGUCCCCUCAGAUCGGAAACUUAAGUUUUCUCAUAGUGUUAAAUCUACAAAAUAACACCUUCAAAGGUGUAAUCCCACCUGAGUUAGGAAACUUGUUCAGGUUGCAAAAACUAAAUCUUGACAACAAUUCUUUUAAUGGAGAAGUUCCAGCCAGUUUAUCAAACUGUACAAGGCUAAACAUUCUUCAGUUUGGUCGGAAUAAUCUAGUUGGCAAACUUCCACAACAGCUUAGUGCCUUGGUGAACCUGGUGGAGUUAGUCAUUCAAGAUAACAGUUUUACAGGAGGGAUACCGUCUUUCUUUGGAAACUUCACUUCUCUUAAAACCUUACAGGCCACCAACAAUUAUAUGGGCGGAAGCAUUCCAUACACUUUAGGUCAACUGUACAACUUGCAAGAAAUUGAUUUCGGUUUUAACCAGCUCUAUGGUACGAUCCCUCGGUCCUUUUACAAUUUAACAUCCUUAAAAGUUCUUAGUAUACCAAAUAAUGAAAUCAGUGGAAAUUUACCGAAAGAUAUAGGCUUGCAGCUACCCAAUCUUGAGCUUUUUCAAAUAUGGAUUAACAAUUUUACUGGAAGCAUACCCUUCUCAUUUUCUAAUUGUUCAAACUUGAUUCUCCUCUGGAUGGGAGACAAUGGUUUUAGCGGGAAGGUUAACAUAGAUUUUAGUCGUAUUCCAAAUUUUUGGGGUGUUGUGUUAUAUACUAACUAUCUAGGGAGUUCGGAACCUGAUGAAAUGAACUUCAUUGAUUCCAUGGUCAAUUGUAGCAAACUAGAAAGGAUAUAUCUUGAUUGCAACCAAUUUACUGGAGUUCUUCCUAGUGUCAUAGGCAAUCUAUCUUCUAAACUAACAGCUCUAACAAUUGGAAAGAACUUCAUGUAUGGGACCUUGCCUUCUGGGAUUGGGAAUCUUGUGAAUUUAGAGCGGUUAGCUAUAUACUCUAAUCAGUUCACAGGGAUAGUCCCAACCGAACUUGGUAAGCUACAUAACCUUAAAUAUGUAGACAUGUAUGACAACUUCUUCACCGGAAACUUUCCAAAUUUUUUAGGAAACUCGUCAUUGCUAAAAUUGCAUUUGAAUGAAAACAGAUUACAAGGACAUAUACCUCCCAGUCUUGGCAAUUGCAGGGGUUUGUUGGAGUUGGACCUUUCCGUAAACAAUCUUACCGGCCCUAUACCCGCUGAACUUUUUCUGUUAUCAUCCUUGUCGAUGACCCUAAAUCUUUCUCACAACUAUUUAGUUGGACCCCUUCCCAAAGAUAUAGAAAAACUCAAAAGUUUAACGGCACUUGAUCUAUCACACAAUGACCUGGUUGGAGCAAUACCAAAUUCCAUCGAAACCUGCAAAAGCCUCGAGUACCUAAAUCUUGGUGCCAAUUCCUUUCAAGGUCCGAUACCUCCCUCAAUGGGUGCUUUAAGAGGUAUCAUCAACCUUAAUCUUUCCCGUAACAACUUCUCCGGAAAAAUUCCAAAAUUCUUAGAGCAACUAAACUUGUCUUCAUUGGAUUUGUCGUACAACAAUUUUGAUGGUGAGGUACCGUUGAAAGGUAUUUUCAAGAAUGCGAGUUUGAUCUCGAUUAAGGGGAACAAUAGGCUGUGUGGAGGCCUUCUUGAACUUCGCCUGCCUAAAUGUCCCACAAUAUCAAGGUCAAAGACAGGUUUCAGAACGUCACGUGUUAUUCUAAUUGUCAUUCCAAUUUGUUUGCUUUUAGUUGUAGCAAUGGUUUUGUCUUAUCUAUUUUAUUGGAAAAGAAGAAAGACACAAGCACAACCAGAAGCUUCAUGCGUGCAACCGUUUUCAAGAGUUUCUUUUGGAAGUAUACUCAAAGCUACCAAUGAGUUCUCUCAACAAAAUUUGAUUGGGACAGGGGCUUUUAGUGCUGUUUAUAAGGGUAUUCUUGAACCAAUUGAUGGAAUGGUUGCCAUUAAAGUUCUAAAGCUUGGAAACCAAGGAGCUUUGAAAAGUUUUGUGAUAGAGUGUGAGGCUUUGAAAAACAUAAGGCAUCGUAAUCUUGUGAAAGUCAUUACUUCCUGUUCAUCAAUUGAUUUUCAAGGUAAUGAUUUCAAAGCUCUUAUUUACGAGUUCAUGCCAAAUGGGAAUCUUGAAAGGUGGCUACAUCCAAGUUCAGAACAAGAGGUUGAUAUUGAAGAAGCUCCUCCACAAAGAUUGACCCUUCGCCAAAGAGUAAUGAUUGCAACAGAUGUAGCUCAUGCCAUGCACUACCUCCACGAAGAGUGUGAGUCACCCAUAGUUCACUGUGAUUUAAAGCCAAGCAAUAUCUUACUUGACAGUGACAUGGUUGCUCACAUUGGUGAUUUCGGGCUGGCAAAGUUUUUGCCAUUAAAACCACACAAAAGUAGUUCAAUUGGAUUAAGAGGGACUAUUGGUUAUGCACCUCCAGAGUAUGGACUUGGAGGUGAGAUGACAAAAGAAGGGGAUAUCUACAGCUUUGGGAUAUUGUUAUUAGAGAUGAUAACUGGAAAAAGACCAACAGACCUCAUUUUCCAAGAAGGAUUCAACCUCCAUGGCUAUGUGACGAUGGCUUUGCCUGAUCAUCUAAUGGAGAUAAUUGAACCGACACUAUUGUCUAUCAUUGAGGAUAUAAACGUAGGUGCAAAUGUCAACCAUGGGAAUGAUGCUAGAAAGUGGGAGAUGUUGGAGAAAAGCAUGAUUUUGUUGGCAAGAACUGGGUUGGCAUGCUCCUUGGAAUCUCCCAAAGAGAGGAUGAACUCAAGCAAAAUAGUCCAAGAGUUGCAUCACAUCAAUGGCCUUUUCUGA